CAUUUCCUGUUUCCUGAAGGAAAUGACCAGAUGCAAUUAUUCCACCCUGACUGAGUUUGUCCUUGAAGGAUUAACAGACCAACUAGAACUCAAGCUGCCCCUCUUUCUACUGUUUCUAGGGGUCUAUGGGAUCACUGUAGUGGGAAACCUGGGUAUGAUCCUCCUAAUAACUUUUAGUUCCAAGCUCCAAUCUCCCAUGUACUUUUUUCUCUGUAACUUGUCAUUCCUAGAUCUCUUUUAUUCCUCAGUCGUUACCCCAAAACUUCUAGGAAAUUUUGUAUUACAACAAAAUGUUAUCUCCUAUCCUGAAUGUAUGACACAGCUUUUUUUCUUUUGCGUGUUUGCUAUUGCUGAGUGCUUUAUGCUGUCUGCCAUGGCAUAUGACAGAUAUGUAGCUAUCUGUAGUCCACUGCUCUACAAUGUCACCAUGUCCCCAAAGGUAUGUAAUGUGUUGGUGACCGGCGUCUAUUCCGUGGCAACAUUUGGAGCUAUAGCCCAUACAACCUCCAUGAUCAGGCUUCCUUUUUGUGGGGACAACCUCAUCCGCCAUUAUUUCUGUGACAUAUUUCCCCUCCUAAAGCUCUCCUGCUCCAGCACCUACCUAAACGAGCUCCUGGUGGUACUUGUAGGUGGAUUCAAUCUGUUGGCAACAACUACAACCAUCAUCAUCUCUUACAUCUUCAUACUCGCCACCAUUCUUCAAAUACCUUCAGCUGAGGGCAGGUCCAAAGCUUUUACUACUUGUGGCUCUCAUUUUACAGCUGUUGGGGUCUUUUAUGGAUCCAUGAUAUUUAUGUACUUUAAGCCAACCUCCAAUAGUAGCAAUAUGGCCCAGGAGAAGGUGGCCUCUGUAUUUUACACCACGGUGAUCCCCAUGCUGAAUCCCUUGAUCUAUAGCUUGAGAAAUAAGGAUGUAAAGAAAGUGCUAAGAAAGGUCCUGGAGAGCUGGUGUGGACCACUCCAGGGUAGACGUAGAACCACGAAAAGUCGUGGUAAUGGUGUGCUUAUUUCCUUUUCAUAAACUAACUUCCCUCUUUGUUCCUUAAACGUAACAUCCCCUUCUCAUUCCCUCUACCAUAGCUGCCAGAUGUUAUGCCACACACACAUACACAUGCCUCUAUCCCUUAAGCAAACCAUCACUUGAUUUUAUGAUUCAGUGGUUUGUUGAUGAGCUUUGUCUUGAAAUUUUCUUAGAUAAAUUUUCAUAGUCCUUUUUCCUUCUGUAUUGAGAAAAUCUGGUGUGGAAUAUUUUUUCCCAUUAGGUAGGGUGCAUUGGUAUUCAUCUACCUCUGCUUCCCAUAUCUAUUACCUACCUAUCUAUUUAUCUGUCUCAUGGUAAAUAGUAUCAAACUAGGCUGUGAUAAAAAAUAAUAAUCUUAACUAUCAUGGGAUGAAUACACAACUAAAUUGUAUACUUGGCUGAUGUGAUGGUCUUUUCUUAAGUCCUCCUUUUCUGUUCUG